CUUAAACACGAAGUGCCCUUGUUCGUUCUUCCCCACUGCACCUCAACACCGUCCUCUUACCUGUACUCCUCCUCCUCAGAGACCCAUACGCCUCCCCUUCUCUCCUGCAGAAAUCAGCAGCAACAAUGGCUGAAUCCACCAUCAUCUCCAACACAGCGAAUCUCGAGAAGUACCUCAAGCUCGACCAGAAGGGUUCUAUCAUUGCCGAGUAUGUGUGGAUUGACGGCUCCAACGGCCUCCGCUCCAAGUGCAAGACCCUCACCAAGAAGGUCUCCAGCCUGAAGGAUCUGCCAGAAUGGAAUUUCGACGGCUCGUCCACCGGCCAGGCCCCGGGCGACAACUCGGAUGUCUACCUUCGCCCCGUCGCCUACUACCCGGAUCCCUUCCGUCUGGGUGACAAUGUCCUCGUCAUGUGCGAGACCUGGAUGUCGGACGGCAAGCCCAAUGCCUACAACUUCCGCCACGACGCUGCCGUCGUCAUGGAGCACCACAAGGCCCACGAGUUCUGGUUCGGUCUAGAACAGGAGUACACGCUGCUCGACUUCUACGGCUGGCCAUAUGGCUGGCCCAAGAACGGCUUCCCUGCUCCCCAGGGCCCAUAUUACUGCGGUGUCGGCACCGGCAAGGUCUUCUGCCGCGACAUUGUUGAGGCUCACUACAAGGCCUGCCUGUACGCCGGCAUCCAGAUCUCUGGCACCAAUGCCGAGGUCAUGCCCGCCCAGUGGGAGUACCAGGUCGGCCCCUGCACCGGCAUUGACCUUGGUGACCAAUUGUGGAUGUCCCGCUUCUUCCUCCACCGCGUCGCCGAAGAGUUCGGUGCCAAGGUCACCUUCGCGCCCAAGCCCAUCCCCGGUGACUGGAACGGUGCUGGUCUCCACACCAACGUCUCCACCAAGGAGAUGCGCGCCGAGGGCGGCCUGAAGUACAUCGAGGCCGCCAUGGAGAAGCUCGCUGAGCGUCAAGCCGAGCACAUGGCUGUGUACGGCGAGGACAACCAGCUCCGUAUGACUGGCAAGCACGAGACUGCCUCGUACGACAAGUUCACCUGGGGUGUCGCCAACCGUGGCGCCUCCGUUCGUGUCAACCGCCAGGUCGCCGAGGAGAAGAAGGGCUACUUCGAGGACCGUCGCCCGGCCUCCAACGCCGACCCGUACCAGAUCACCGGCAUAAUCGUCGAGACUCUCGAGGGCAAGGUCGAGGGUGCCGAUAUGGCCAAGAAGGUCGCCGAGGCCGACGUCGUCAUACAAGACACGAUCGUCCCCAUCGCGAAGCCAUAGAUUGCCCUCGUCACACCUCCUAACUACUCACUACCGCUCUCGAACCCCCCGACCUCGAUACCACUCACCACAAAUGUUAUCACCGCCCCCUAGACGCCCUUACAACCCUUGCACGAUGUAAUGCAUGUUAGCCAUUUCCCCUGGGCGCUUCUGUGCGGAUAUAGAGGUGACGCCUUUAUACUUGUAGCGGAUGCUUGUCCCCUUUCUUUCUCCCUCCAUGGGUUCCCUGCUACACGCAAGGGAUUCACACCACACAAAACCCCCCAAACAAAAAACACUACACCCAUAUGUACUCGUAGAGAGAAUUCAUGCUUGGAUCGGAGAAGCUUACUAUCUUAUAACUU